AUGGAUUCCAACAAAAAUACUUCUUCCAUGGGCUCUGUAUGGAUACGGCUAGACGACAAGCGUACGUCGGCCGUUGUAGUCUCAAAUCGCCGUUUGUCCAUGGGCUCCAUCAAAACACACCAAGCAGUUGGUUCGUCCAAGUCGUCUGAGAUUUCCGAACCCAAGAACGAACUAAGUGACACCCCAUCACCUCGCACCCGUUCCUCCAAGUCUUAUGAGAUUUGUGAACCCAAGAAUUAUCUCGAAAUCACCCCUUAUCGUCGAAUUACUCGUUCAUUCACCACGUCAUCACAAUCAAAUGUCUCAGGCAACCGUCUAUCAGUUCGAAGACUAGUGAACACAGAUUUCGAAUGGACGGGGACAAAGAACCCAACGAUGGAAAAAGGAAAGAUGCCUGUUGAAGAAGAAGUACCAGACGAUUCACGUGUUACCGCAGCAGAUCUUGAUAAGAUGUUGUACGACCUCGAUCAGGUCAAAGUUACGGUGAUACAGCCUAGUGAAGUCGAGAUAAAGGCAGGAUACUUCGUUGGGCUACACAUCAAAGAACCCGCAUUCAAAUCAGUUGACACUCUUCGCACUGAUCAUGAUGUUGUGAAGGUCAAUCUUCACGACGUGAAAGGAAAAAAGAAAAAAAACAUGUCAAAAGGUGAUUUUGUCCAUUGCUCCAAGCGGAAUAUCCGUGACAUAUCAGAUCAACGAGAGCCACAUCAAUCAUACGAGAGACCUCAUGAUUUUAAGAUAGUAGGAGAACUGCAGUUCCAUGUUCUCGACCUUCAAGAUAAACAGAAUGAAAUAAUAAAUUUACAUAAUGAUUUGAAGACGGACAUUCAGCGGGUUGAGAGGUUCGUUGAAGACAAGUACAGAUGUUUGAUGGAGGAGAUUAGGCGAAAUACUCACAGUGACAACCAUGAUUAUGGUAACGCGUCUACUGAUAUAUCGAAGAAGAAGUCAGCUGCGAUGGAGACUAAGGCACGAGAGGACGGGGGAUAUGGUAACACCCCUAACAACAAUGUUGAAAUGUUUGCAAUGAAGGACGAUAACAACUUGCCCCAUCAAACUGUUCAUGCAGUCGUGGGCGAGAAGAGUUCGAAAACUAUUGAAUUGGCAACAGACACUCAUGACGACAUACAUUUUACUGAGGAAGACCUAAUUCAAGUCGACAACAUUGUGAACAGUGUUCAUUCCAUGAAACAUAAGAGCAUACUACAGCACGUACUUCGAAACGACUCACAACCAACGGGGCAUGCAAAUAUGUACAGCAAGAAGCUUUUCCAUCUAGAUACAACACCUAACUACCUGCUUGAGAAGUCCAGACCAGUUGUAUGUGGCGUCCUGGCUAAUCCGAAAGCACCAAUGAUGGAUGGAGAACCUGCCCAAAAUGUCAUUUUACUCGAACCAGGGGAUGAGAAUAACAGUAAUGAAGCAACGCCAACGAAAAAGAAUAAUGUAGUGUCGAUUCAUCCGUUAUGUAACACAGUGGGACUGAUCAACACACCAGUUUCAGGGACGAACCUUAACACUAACUAUCGUAUGUAUGCUAUUAAAGAAGGGAUGGCACCACCUCACAUAGACGAUUUUGAGGCGUUUGAGAAUUGGUUUCAGGAUGGCUUCAAGUCAGGACAAACAACCUUCAAGUUUCCACCAUCCAAAGACAUACUCAACCCCCCUCUCCAGUUCGGGCCGUAUAUGAUCGACAGAAAGACUUGGUGGUACGAACUACGGCAACCCAAUGUCUGUAUGAGGGAUACGCACUUGAAUGUGUGUUUUUACUACUUUCGUAAGAUGGUCAAGUUCAGAAAAGUGAUAUCCUUCAAUGGUACAACGACUGAUUCAUUCUUCGGGUCGAUGGUCCGAGCAGCAUACAAAGCAUGCAGUAAGGACAUAAAUGCUAUUUCUAAUUUCAGAUUGUUGGUUGAGUAUGCUAAGGGGGAAUACAUGCAUUGCAACACUAGAUGGGCCGAUGUGGAUAACGUUAUCAUUCCUAUUAUGAUGGACAAGAAAGCUCAUUGGAUAUUGGGACAAUUUGAUAUCAAGCGAAGGUUCCUGAACGUAUAUAACCCCAACCGUCUGACUAUUAGUGACAGGAUGGUGUUUUCUGACAUUGAGGCCUUCGCAUACGUACUUCCAUGCUUGAUGUUCAAGAUUAAUGCUUGGCAAGCAAGCCCUGCCGAUCGUAUAGGACUGGUGACACCUCUUGACGUGAACAUCAUCACUGACAUCCCCCAAAAUGACAACGGACAAGAUUGUGGACUAUACGUGAUAAGGUUUGCCGAAUACAUCAUAAAUGGAGUUACUGAUAAGGCGUCGUGGAUGUUAGACCCAAUCAAAUAUAGAACCAGUCUAGCAUCUCAGCUUCUCAAACAUGGAUGCGAGAAGGUGAUUGAAGCAUACGACACCGACUUUGACUUGGUACCACGAAGCGUGAGGCGAAAGAGGAAGAUGAAGGGACUGAUGAUCGAGUAG